CGCCUCGGACAGUGCUGGCCGUCCGCCGGGCUGCCCUGCGCCGAGGUAGGAAUGGCGGGAAUGGUGGCGGCCCUCGAGGGACUUGGCGCAGGGUGCCCAGGGGAUUAAGGAGGGGCCCCGGCCGGCGGAGCAGAGAUGUCCUCGUUCCGGGCGCGGCCACCGCGCUUCAGACUUCAGUUUCCCCGACUGUACAAUGGGAGGAAGGCGGAGGCCGAGGCCUCCGCGGGGCAGAAGAGAGAAGCGAGAAGUGGAAGGCGGGUCCCCACCCCCUCCCCCCCGGACUGGCGCUGUCCCCGGGGGAGGACUAGGCCGGCCCCUUGAGCCGGCUCUCCCUCCCCAUCCCCGGCGGCACCCAGGUCGCUUCCACUCGCAGUGCCUGCGCUCUCUUCCCUCCUGGAGCUCAGGCUGCCCUCCCCUCAGUCUCUGCUGUCCAGCUGCUGAGGACUCCCAGCCUCUGCACCCUCCAGAAGACCCUCUACGUCACCCCCAUGCCCAGCCAGGGCUGCCCCUGGGGGUCCUGGCCCUGGGGGCCAUGGUGGAGAAUUCUUUGGAGCACAGCGGGCCAGGGAGGAUGUGUAGGGGCUGCCUCAUAGUCCUGCUGGGGUUGGUCCCGGAGGCCUUGGGUGGGCUGGGAAGGCUCUGCCUCGUGGGUCAGGCCUCCACCCCAGGUUCCCAUCCCACCUCCUUGCGGUGCCCUUGGCCUCGAGGGUCUCCCUGGCUCUCCCAGGUCCUGGCGUCCCUUGGGCCACUGCCCCUCCCUCUGCAUCCCCCCAGAGCAGACCAGGUUCUGGGCUAAGCUGUCUUCCCUGUUCAUUGCCUCAGGGAGGCUGAGGGCAGCUGAGACGUGACUGGCAAGAGGCAGGCUUUGGGCCAGCAGGGCUUUGGGGGGCUUGUGCGUUGCCUCCCUCAUGCUGGCCUGGGAAGUGCAGGUUCCCAACCACACCCUGGUCCUGCCCCUAAGAGUCCACAGCCUGAGAGGGCAGUGGCUGGCUUCAAGGGCAGCCCAAUGGACCAGGAAUUUCAGUGCAGACCUGGGUUCUGGUCUUGAUUGACUCGCUAGGCAGCUCACUGCUCCAGCAAACCCAUCUUCUCAUCUGUAAAGCAAGCAUGGUGGUGUGAGUGAUGCUUAAUGUUCAGGGUUGUGGUGGAGAGUAAAUGAGAUGGGCAUUGACUGUGGGAGUUGAGGGUGACCAGAGGACAGGCUAGAGUGUGUGCUUGAGCUGGGGAACCCCAGAGGGAGGCUGUUAGCCUUGCAGGGUUGGGGGACACAGCGGAUCCCUAUUGGCAGAGGGAGAUGUGGACUAGCAUUGCAUUGGGAGCAAGCAUCACACCCUGCAAAACUCAGGGCCUCUGGGUGGCUCUGGGCAGUGUCUGCUGUGUGGGAUCCCAGCCCCUGGUGGCUCUCAGCAGUGAUCUGAAGUCCUUCAGCAGCUCUUGCUCCCACUUAACUUGCCUAAUUCCUGAGCCACCUGACUCCCAGUGAGCUGGGACUGCCACCCCAGGCGUCUUGUGGGGUCUGGUGUGUCUGCUGCAAGGUGUGCACAUGUGAGAGCCCAGGGGAGCAUGGCCAGGAGGAAGGCAGAGGCUUGAAGGACAGGCUGAGAAGAGGUUCCGGUAUGUGUGUCAGGGGAGCCUGAGGGGACCAUUAGGGUCAGGUGCUAAGUUGGCAAAAGGACGAAUUCGAGCCCCUAGGGAAGGGGUCUGGGUCCAGGGAAGUGUUGGCGACCACAGAAGGGAGGUGUUGCCCCAUGAUCUGGAGGUUGGAGGGAGCAGUGGAAGCGUGGUGCCUGAGAGUGGGACCCUGGAGGUCCGUGCUGGGCCUGAUAGGGACGGGAAGUGGGGAGUGGGCAGGAGCCUCCCAGAGACUGCUCACCUCCUGGGCAGGGCUGGGGGCUCUGGAUGGUGGGAAGGGGCAGUUUAGUAGCAGAGGACCCAGCUCUUGCCCACAGAAUCACAGAAGGGUUCCCCAGGGUGUGGAAGCCAUGGGGUCCCAACAGGGACCGGAGGGGCUGGAUGGAAGGGAAGAGCAGGUGCCCUCACUCGUGCAUGGGGAGGCGGGUCAGGAAGGUGGGAUGCUCCAGAUUUUCAGGACCCCCUCAGGCCUUCUCUGACAUGCCCGUGAGCCUCAAACAGGCUGUGGACUUUGCCUGGAAUCUGCCCUCAUUUCCUCCCCAUCCUCCCAGUCCAGCCCCAGCAGCCCCUCCUCUGAGAACCUUUCCAGAUCCCUCUGGCCCACGCCUCCUUCUAAAGGACAGGUCUGUCUCAGAAGUUGCUGCUCCCUUCAGCGCAGCCGUCACCUGGAAGAAAGGCUGCCUCGGUGUGCCACGGAGGGGCGCUCAGUGCCACUCUGGUGCCUCCCCUAGUGUCUGGGCUUGUGGUCUCUGCCAGAGACCCCCACAACUGGUAUCUUCUGCCCAUCUGUCACAGGAACAUUCAUCUCUGGCCCUUUGGUGGCCUCUGCAAACCAUGAGCCAGGUACGAGGAGCCAAGUGGGCCAAGGAGCAGAGGCAGGGCUGUGCUUGAGCUGGUCUGUCUGACCCUCUGGCCCUUUCCCUUCAGCCUCCAGGGCUGCAUCAUUGAAUCUGUGUCCCAGGGACCCCAGAAGUGGGCCCGCCCCCUCCUGUCCUCAGUGGAGCCAGCCCCCAGGAGUCCCUGGGGCCGUGCACCUGGCGCUGCCCCUUCAGCAGGCCAGCCUUUCACCCACCAGGGUCUGUGUUCCCAGGGCCACUGAGAAGCGUCCCCCCAUCUUGUCCUCUGCAGGCAUCAUGGUGCCUGUCAUCCUGCCGUUAGAGGGUUCACGUGAGGGAGGUGCCAUCUCGCUGUGGCCUGUUGUACCUGUGAGGAGCUGCGGUGCAAAGGGGAAGCCUCUUGCUCCGCGUCUCGGGGAGUGUGAGACGGAGUAGGACCUCACUUGGGUUCCUUCCGACACAAGGUGGGGCACCCGGCACCUGGUGUGUGGAGAGGCCCCUUGGAGGGGGUGUCAGGUGAGGUGGCCACCUCAGUCUGGGAGCCGGCAGCCUCUCUGGCAUCUGGCCUGGACACGAGGGGAUGGGAGGGGGAUUCUAGGCCCCCAGUAGGGAGAAGGGCGUUGGCGGGCCCGGAGGCUGCUCUAGGGGCCGGGCUCAGUGCAGUGAGCGGGCCCUGAGCUGCAUUCCUGCCCACGUCCUGCCCCCAGGCACUGAGAGCAGCAGCUGCACACUUAAGGGGCUGUAGGGGAGGGCACACCACUGGGACCUGCCUGGGGACCGCAGGCCCAGCCCACACUGAGUUCCUGAAGCUGGAGCCACUGGCAGCCCUUCAGGGAGGGAGGGAAGAGGCACCCCCCUCAGCAGAUGCUCACCUCCAGGCAGCGCCCGAGGACACUGCCCCACCCGAGUGCCGGGUUUGGAGAGGGGCUCAGUGGGUCCUGGGGCCCUGGGGUUUGGGAGGCUUGUGCCCAGGCCAGUCAUGGCAGAGCCAGUGGAGGGCUUGUGGCUGGAGCUGAGCUGCCUGAGUUCAGCUGUUCCUCCACUCUGAGUCAGGAUGUCAGUGCUCCUCAGUCUGCCUUCCAUUUCUCUCAAGUACCCCCCCAUAGACGGUCUGAGAAUUCCCCAGGGCCGUCUUCAAACCCCUAGCUGUCCCAACUGUGUGCACACCAUGUCACGUCACUUGUGUUCAUCUCAAUUCCUGUUUUCAUCUCCAGGAUUCUAUACUAUUUCUUGCUCAUAUUUGCUGGUUCUUGUUUUGUUUCUGCCAGUCAUUCUCAUUCUGGCUUAUGGAUUCUGUUUCUUUAUCUCUUUGAAGAUCCUAACUGCCUUUGAAAGGUAUCAGUAGAUUACUCUAUCACCUUCAGCUCUUCUGGAAGGAAUGAAUCAUAUUUUACACUGCUGCUUAGCCUCCGUUUUCCUCCUGUGCUUUGAAAUUGUGGCUUGCAGGCUCCUCUUAGGUGGGAGCUAGGUCCUGGAGGCGGGGAGUGACCUGCAUACUGGGGCAGCAGCUGGCUCUCAGGACAGUCUCCUGGCGCAGGCUUGGCAGGUGGCACAGAGCUCCCUGCGGUCCGGCAGCGGGGAUGCUGCCUGGCACAGAGUACGUAUUUGGAAACAUUUGCUAUGAGGAAGUAGUGGAGGGUUCUCAGGCUGGGAGCCCAGGAACAGGCCCAGCACGGCUGUGAGAGGUCCAUAUCCCUACCCUGGUCUUGGUACACUGCCCAUAGCUGCUCCCAGGAGCAGGUGUGCAGGGUCCUGCCUGGAAGCUGGCGGGCACCUCUGUCCAGCAGACUCUGGGGGGUACAGCCACCAUCUGGACAUGUGUACAGAAAGCCUCACUAGUGUGACGUACAAGGAGCCAGGAAACUGGUGGGUUUGAUUAAAUCGCAUUUUAAUUAAUGUGGCCAGGCCGGUGGAGGGUGAGGAGGAAGCUGGGAAGAAGCGGCAGUUUUGAGUGACUGCUGGGGAACCCGCGGGGCUGUCCUCUCAAGGCUUAUUUAGCACGUUGCCCAGCAUGUGACCUAGUCUGUAUGGGACAGCUUCUGCCCUCUGCCCUGUCCCCAGCAAGGGACAAUCACACGGAAACAUUAUAUUAAUAGUAUUUAAUUUCCCCUCCUGGCUAGCAACAGAUGACUCAAGGAUUAAUUAGACAGAGCCAACAGAGGGAUAGGAAAUUGCCAGGUUGUGGCCCCGCCCCCAGGCCCCUCCCCACGCCUCCAACCUUCCUGUUGCUCUUAGAGGCCUCUGAAGGGAGGGAAGCAGAGAGGGGCCAGGAGGCCCCGGGAAUCUUCCUGCUGCUGCUUUCCGAGGGCACUUCCCCAGCUCCAUUCCGCCCUUUCAUGCUCAUGGUGGAUCACUGGCGGUCCCACCUCAUCUGUCCCCAGCAGAGCCCUCUGAAUCUGGACGACAGACUGGGGCUGAGUCAGGCUUCUGGCCUGGGCUGUUGGCUGAAGCCAGGGUACCUCAGGAACUCAGGCCGAGCUGAGCCAAGAUGCCGCCAGAGCCCCUGGAGAGGGCCUGGCUUCUGGAGGCUGGGUUGAAAAGGCCCUAGAGGCGGCCCCUCGUUGGCAGGGACGCUCCUGGCUCCUGUGAAGAAGGGGCUCAGGGCCUGGGCAGGGCCGGCAGUGCUGCAGCUAUGGACCGUGAGCUGGCCCGGCCCGCGUCCUUGCUGACCCCGCCCGGCGGCGGCUGUGCCCACCAUGGGUUCCUGGGUGUACAUCAUGGUGGAGCUGGCCAUUGCUGUACUGGCCAUCCUGGGCAACGUGCUGGUGUGCUGGGCUGUGUGGCUGAACAGCAACCUGCAGAACGUCACCAACUACUUUGUGGUGUCCCUGGCGGCGGCCGACAUUGCCGUGGGGGUCCUCGCCAUCCCCUUUGCCAUCACCAUCAGCAUGGGGUUCUGUGCCGCCUGCCACAGCUGCCUCUUCUUUGCCUGCUUCGUGCUGGUCCUCACGCAGAGCUCCAUCUUCAGCCUCCUGGCCAUCGCCAUUGACCGCUACAUCGCCAUCCGCAUCCCACUCCGGUACAAUGGCUUGGUGACCGGCACGAGGGCCAAGGGCAUCAUUGCAGUCUGCUGGGUGCUGUCAUUUGCCAUCGGCCUGACCCCCAUGCUGGGCUGGAACAACUGCAGCCAGCAGAGGGAGGGCAGGAACCAGUCGCAGGACUGCGGGCAGGGCCAGGUGGCCUGCCUCUUCGAGUACGUGGUCCCCAUGAACUACAUGGUGUACUACAACUUCUUCGCGUGUGUGCUGGUGCCCCUGCUGCUCAUGCUGGGCGUCUACCUGCGGAUCUUCCUGGCCGCCCGGCGCCAGCUGAAGCAGAUGGAGAGCCAGCCUCUGCCGGGAGAGCGGGCUCGGUCCACGCUGCAGAAGGAGGUCCAUGCUGCCAAGUCGCUGGCCAUCAUCGUGGGGCUCUUCGCCCUCUGCUGGCUGCCCCUGCACAUCAUCAACUGCUUCACCUUCUUCUGCUCCAAGUGCAGCCAUGCCCCGCCCUGGCUCAUGUACCUGGCCAUCAUCCUCUCCCACACCAACUCCGUGGUGAACCCACUCAUCUAUGCCUACCGCAUCCGUGAGUUCCGCCAGACCUUCCGCAAGAUUAUCCGCAGCCACAUCCUGAGGCGGCGGGAGGCCUUCAAGGCAGGCGGCACCAGCGCCCGGGCUCUGGCAGCUUCUGACAGCGACACAGAGCAGCUCAGCCUCCGCCUCAACGGCCACCCCCCUGGGAUGUGGGCCAACGGCAGUGCCCCCCAGCCCGAGCGGCGGCCCAAUGGCUACGCCCUGGGGCUGGUGAGUAGAGGGAGUGCCCCUGAGUCACAAGGGGACAUGGGCCUCCCAGACGUGGAGCUCCUCAGCCACGAGCUCGAGGGAGCGCGCCCAGAGUCCCCCAGCCUCGAGGGCCCCCGAGCCCAGGAUGGAGCAGGAGUGUCCUGAUAGUCCACUGGGUCUGCCCCUUCCAAAGGAGGGGAUCGUUGUCUUGCUGGCUGGCGGAACCAGUCACGUUUGGGAGGAGCGUGCAUGUGCCGGAGACCCCUCUCGUGGCUGGUUCCCACUUUGGACUGAGAGCAGGGAGCCCCGGCUGGAGCAGCAUGAGGCCCAGCAGGAAGGCGAUGGAGUCCGAGGAAGCGGACGUUUCGUGCUGGGAGGCGCUGCAUCAGGCCAGGGCUCCAGCACCAGAGCACCUGGCUGGUCAGGGCUGGUCCCCAACUCCGGAAGCACCUGGACGUGCCACCGUGCCUCAGCAGAGCAGCUGUGGCAGAGCAGGCUGGCUGGCUGAGGCUGGGGAGACACACCACCCGCCCCAGACUUUCCAAGGGUUCAGGAGCUGCUGUGCCUGGAGGUGACGUUUGACUUUUUUUCCAGGAGAAAACAUAAGCUGUGUGUGAGGAAACCCUUUGUAUCUUCUUAUCUUUCCUUCCUGGCUGCUGGGUCUGUUUAGGUCCUGCUGCUAACCUGGCACCAGGAUUUGGCCCAGGGAGUCCCAGGUGCCCUCUCCUGCUGCCGCGCGCUUCCCACGCGAGGUCCCGCGACUUGUAACAGCGGUGUCAGGGCAUGGGCGCAGGGGAGGGAGGAGGUCGGGGCUGGCCAGCACAGGGGAGCCCAGGUGGCUCAGAGCUGCCCAGGUGGAGGCCCUGUCUAACCGCCUUUCCUUCUGAAGGGAGUGUUGUUGUUUUUUUUCCCCUGAGAUAAAGUAAAAAUGAGCCAUGAUGUGUUUUAA